UUUUAUGACUUUUUAAAUAUUUUUCUUAUUUUAUGAAAUAAAAUUAUUUAUAGGGCAUGCGCUACUAGGGAUCAAUCCCGCACGGGUUAUUGCAGGUAAAACGCAUUAUAUGGAUUUUCACAAUUGUAGACGUUAUUUUUAGCGAAAUGAUUCAGGUUUAUUUAUUUCUGCAAACUUAGUAAACUCUGGAUUGGCUCAUCAUCUCUGUUUGUUUUGUUGAUCCUGAAAUACCUUAAUUCUCUUGAUUAAAUUGAUGGAAACAAAGUAGUUGAUUGUGAUUUUUUCUAUGCGAGAGACGUUCCUUAUCCGGAAAUACUGUUUUGGAUGUUUUCUUUGGUGUUGCUCCAAGAUUUCUGUUGAGAUACAUAAUCUGCUGUGUCGGGUCGGCAUGAUCCGUUGACUUAGUCGUGUCGUGUCGUGAUUCAAAACCUCCUUAAUUGGUUAGGUUUCCUGAGAGUUGUAAAUCGGCUUAAUUUUUGCUGUUGUAGUGGGUCUUAGGGUCUGUUCUAGUAUUGUCCGAUACGGGUACCGUAUUGCAUAGUGAAAGUGUCGGUGAUUCAAAACCUCCUUCACCGUCUAAAACCCUUAGCAGAGAAUACGGCAUGGAGCACGAUUGCAGUAAUUCUAAUAUUGAAGAAGAAGAAGGGAGAAGAAGAAUGGAGACGAGAGAGGAGCGUGGGGACAGCUUAGGAGGGGAGGCAGAGGAGGAAGAUGGUGAAAACCUUUCAAUCCCAAGGGGUGGACCCAUUUACGUUCCCAAUCUGGUGGGUCCCCUCUUGCCGGUUCCCCAGUUUAGGGAUUCUCUUCGCUGUCAACUUCAGAAACUAAAAGCGGAACUAUCUUGUUCUGAUCCGUCUCAACAAUGUGAGGAAGAUAUUUCGGUCGAUGAGCUUAAAAUUUUGAGUGAAGAAGAAUUAGUGGAUAUGGCUAUGAAGGAAGCAUUUCAGCAGGACGAAGAGGAUUUUGAAAAUCCUUUGCAACCUUCAGAAGAGCCCUCUUCCUCUGCAAAGAGAUCAAGCAAUCCUCCUUCGGUAAUCGAAUGCGCUAAAGGUAACAACUCAAGGAAGAGAAAGAAAGAUAGCAACUCAAGGAAGGGAAAGAAAACAAAGGCAAACAGUCAUGCCGUUGAGAGUAGUUAUACUGCAAAGGUGGAGCAAUUUGUGAAAGUCAAACAAAAGCAGGAUGAAGACAAAGCAGCAGCAAGACUGCAUUCAUUCAAUGCUAGUUGCAAGAUCAAUGAAUGUGCCAUUACAUUAUUAGAAAGAACAGAAAGGAUGAAAUCUCUCCGGUUUACAAAUUCUGCAACAACGGUGAAAUCAGCAAGUACUGGGAAACACAUUGCUGUGCGGUAUUCAGAUGUUGUUCUUUCUGUCGAGGUUUACCAUAACUCACGGAAGUGGGUAAAGACUCAAGAAUUUUUGGUCCUAGGACAACAAAGCUUGACUGAACUGAGGGAUAAAAUCUAUUGUUUAACCGACCAGGUGAUGCAAAAGGCUGGGCAGCAUGAUCCUUCUGGAUAUUUUCUUGUAGAAGAUGUAUUCUAUAAUGAUUUGAGGGAUCCCUCUGCUAUAGAUUAUAGUAAACCUAUAUUUGAUUGGCUCAGAAACUCUAGGGCUGAUGCUCUUAAAAAAUGGGAAUGCAUCAUAACAGGGGAAUUACCACAGAAGCAGAAAGCAAUUGUAGGUGAUGAUGUUACAGGCCUACAAUUGCCUCAGUUCAAAGCUGUUAACAUGCACAGGAAUGACAGAAUACAGUUUUGUGACUUGGGAUUUCGACUUGGUGCUGGAUAUCUCUAUUGUCACCAGGGAGACUGCAAGCAUACAAUCAUUAUAAGAGACAUGAGAUUAGUUCAUCCAGAGGACGUGCAGAACCGAGCUGCUUAUCCAAUAGUUGUAUUUCAGUUAAAAUUUCGUGUGCAGAAAUGCGAUGUCUGUAAUAUACAUAGAGCUGCAAAGGUGACAGUUGAUGACAAGUUGGCCCCGGAGAACCCGUGCUAUUUUUGUAGAGACUGUUAUUUUCUUCUUCACUAUGGAAAGGAUGAGUCUCUGCUGUAUAGUGACUUCUCAGUUUACGAUUAUCAACAUGAUUGAUGUUGAUUUUCAGCUGAAGGUCAACCUCUAUUUGUUGCAUUAUAAAAAGUAGUUUUGAUACAUGUUAGUGUCAUACAUGUGAAGUGGAUCUUAUUGUUGGAAUGGAAUUGGUAAAGCCGAAGUACUCAGACAUGCA